GGGAAGGGAGUGGUUCUAGAACAGGGCAGAGAGGAGGGUCCAGGUCUGAGGUUCAGAGACUCUUGUCAUUAUGGCGUCUGAGGAGCCGGCUCCCCAGCUGCUAUCUGUUUGGUUCCCUGAGAGCCCCACCACAUACCCACUGUCCUUCUAGAUAGGCCCUGGUCCAGGCUGCAGACAGAAGCCUCCCCACGCCCAGACAGCUGAGGGUCCUCAGUGAAUUCUGUCAUGGUUAUUUAAGGAAUCUUGCCUAGAAAGUCCCCACAAGCACGCAGUUCCCUGCCGCCGGGAAGGCGUGGACUCCAAGAUGAUCAUAAAGGAAUACCGGAUUCCCCUGCCAAUGACCGUGGAGGAAUACCGCAUCGCCCAGCUGUACAUGAUACAGAAGAAAAGUCGCAAUGAGACCCAUGGACAAGGCAGUGGUGUGGAGAUCCUGGAGAAUCGGCCCUACACGGAUGGUCCUGGUGGCUCUGGGCAGUAUACCCACAAGGUGUAUCAUGUGGGCAUGCACAUCCCCGGCUGGUUCCGCUCCAUCUUGCCCAAGGCAGCUUUGCGGGUGGUGGAGGAGUCCUGGAACGCCUACCCCUACACCCGAACCAGGUUCACCUGUCCCUUUGUGGAGAAGUUCUCCAUUGACAUUGAAACCUUUUAUAAGACUGAUACUGGGGAAAACAAUAAUGUGUUCAGUCUGACUCCUGUGGAAAAGAACCAGCUGAUAACAGACAUCAUCGACAUCGUCAAGGAUCCUGUACCUCCCAAUGAGUAUAAGACAGAAGAAGACCCCAAGAUAUUCCAGUCAGUCAAGACUCGCCGGGGGCCGCUGUCUGACAACUGGAUCCAGGAGUACAAGAAGCGGCUCCUCCCCAUCAUGUGCGCCUACAAGCUCUGCAAGGUGGAGUUCCGAUACUGGGGCAUGCAGUCCAAGAUAGAGAGAUUCAUCCAUGACACAGGCCUGCGGCGGGUCAUGGUGCGGGCUCACCGGCAGGCCUGGUGCUGGCAGGAUGAGUGGUAUGGGCUGAGCAUGGAGAACAUCCGAGAACUGGAAAGAGAAGUACAGCUCAUGCUGUCCCGAAAGAUGGCCCAGUUUGCAGAGGAUGGAGGAGCAUCGGAGCUCUGCAAGGAGAGCACUGUUCAGGAGCAGGCAUCCGGAGCACCCUGUGAACCCAGCAGCAGCAAUGGGGAGUCCCGGGGGCGGGGCCUGAAGAAGCAGUGGUCCACCUCCUCCAAGUCCUCAAGGUCCUCCAAGCGGGGAGCCAGCCCCUCCCGACAUAGCAUCUCAGAGUGGAGAAUGCAGAGCAUCGCCAGGGACUCGGAUGAGGGCUCGGAAGAAGAGUUCUUUGAUGCCCAAGAGGACCCGUACAAAGAGGAAGGAUUCCCCAAGGACAUCACUAAGUGGAACUCCAAUGACCUCAUGGACAAAAUGGAGAAUCCAGAGCCUGAGGACCAACAGGACGGUCUAUACCACCAGACUGACCCUGAGUUCAGGGUGGCCUCCAGCGUGGAGCAGCUGAACAUCAUCGAGGAUGAGGUGAGCCAGCCACUAGCCACGCCACCCUCCAAGAUUCACGUGCUGCUGCUGGUGCUGCAUGGAGGCACCAUCCUGGACACUGGAGCUGGGGACCCCAGCUCCAAGCAGGGCGACACCAAUACUAUCACCAAUGUGUUCGACACCGUCAUGCGUGUGCACUACCCCAGCGCCCUAGGCCACCUAGCCAUCCGCCUGGUACCCUGCCCACCCAUCUGUGCUGAAGCCUUCGCCCUUGUCUCCAACCUCAGCCCCUACGGCCACGAUGAGGGCUGUCUGUCUAGCAGCCAGGAUCACAUCCCCCUGGCUGCCCUGCCCCUGCUGGCCACCUCUUCACCCCAGUACCAGGAGGCAGUUGCUACAGUGAUUCAGAGGGCCAACCUGGCCUAUGGAGACUUCAUCAGGUCCCAGGAAGGUGUGACCUUCAGUGGACAGGUCUGCCUGAUUGGAGACUGUGUUGGGGGCAUCCUGGCAUUCGAUGCCUUAUGCUACAGUGGCCAGCCAGUGUCCGAGAGUCAAAGCAGCAGCCGCCGGGGCAGUGUGGUCAGCAUGCAGGACGCUGACCUGCUGUCCCCGGGCAUCCUGGUGAAUGCAGCACACUGCUCCGGUGGCGGUGGCGGUGGCGGUGGCGGAGGCGGAGGCUCCAGCCUGGAGAGUAGUCGGCACCUGAGCCGCAGCAACAUUGACAUCCCCCGCAGCAAUGGCACCGAGGACCCCAGAAGGCAGCUGCCCCGCAAGAGGAGUGAUUCGUCCACCUAUGAGCUGGACACCAUCCAGCAGCACCAGGCCUUUCUGUCCAGCCUCCAUGCCAGCGUGCUGAGGAACGAGACCAGCUCCCGCCGCUCAAGCAGUUCCACGAUGCUGGACGGUGCCGGAGCCCUGGGCAAGUUUGACUUCGAGAUCGCCGACCUCUUCCUCUUCGGGUGCCCACUGGGGCUAGUCCUAGCCUUGAGGAAAACAGUCAUCCCCUCCCUGGACGUUUUCCAGCUGCGGCCAGCCUGUCAGCAAGUGUACAACCUCUUCCACCCUGCGGACCCUUCAGCCUCCCGCCUAGAACCCCUGCUGGAGCGGCGCUUCCACACCCUGCCACCCUUCAGCAUCCCCCGAUACCAGCGCUACCCGCUGGGGGAUGGCUGCUCCACACUGCUGGUCGAGACCGUGCAGAGAAACCCAGAGUUGGUCUUGGAGGGCGGCCCCCUGGCCCCUCUCCCCCACGGGGACAGCUUCCUGGAGACCAGUGUCCCCGUUCCCGCGCUCACCUGGCAGGAUGGGCCCCGCCCGAGCCUGGGCUGUGCUGAGUCGGAUGCACUCCAGACCCACAACACAGUCUUCCAAGAGCACGCCGCCCCCUCGUCGCCUGGCACAGCCCCUACCAGCCGUGGUUUCCGCAGGGCCAGUGAGAUCAGCAUUGCCAGUCAGGUGUCGGGCAUGGCCGAGAACUGCACAGCAUCCAGCAUUGCCCAGAAGGGUUCCUCGUCGCUCAGCCACACCCCCAGCGUCAGGCGCCUAUCCUUGCUCGCCCUGCCCCCCCCAUCCCCUACCACCCAGGGUCCCCGUGCCAGGGCAAGGCAGGUGAGCCCCAACCUGGAGAGGUUCCCCUGCCUCCCUGACUUGGACAUCGGAGAAGUCGCUGCCAAGUGGUGGGGCCAGAAGCGGAUCGACUAUGCCCUGUACUGCCCCGAUGCCCUCACGGCCUUCCCCACAGUGGCCCUGCCCCACCUCUUCCACGCCAGCUACUGGGAGUCCACCGAUGUAGUCUCCUUUCUGCUGAGACAGGUCAUGCGGCAUGACAGCUCCAGCAUCCUGGAGCUGGAUGGCAAGGAGGUGUCAGUAUUCACGCCUUCACAGCCCAGAGAGAAGUGGCAGCGUAAGAGGACCCACGUGAAGCUGCGGAAUGUGACAGCCAACCACCGGAUCAAUGAUGCAGUUGCCAAUGAGGACGGCCCACAGAUCGUGACAGGCCGGUUCAUGUACGGGCCCUUGGACAUGGUCACCCUGACUGGGGAGAAGGUGGAUGUGCACAUCAUGAUGCAGCCGCCCUCAGGUGAGUGGCUGUACCUGGACACCCUGGUGACCAACAGCAGUGGGCGGGUCUCCUACACCAUUCCAGAGACACACCGCCUGGGGGUGGGCGUCUACCCCGUCAAGAUGGUGGUCAGGGGAGACCACACAUUUGCCGACAGCUACAUCACCGUGCUCCCCAAGGGCACAGAGUUUGUGGUCUUCAGUAUCGAUGGCUCCUUUGCCGCCAGUGUGUCCAUCAUGGGCAGUGACCCCAAGGUGCGCGCCGGGGCUGUGGACGUGGUGCGACACUGGCAGGACCUGGGCUACCUCAUCAUCUACGUGACUGGCCGGCCCGACAUGCAGAAGCAGCGGGUGGUGGCGUGGCUGGCCCAGCACAACUUCCCCCACGGCGUGGUGUCCUUCUGUGAUGGCCUGGUGCACGACCCGCUGCGGCACAAGGCCAACUUCCUGAAGCUGCUCAUCUCUGAGUUACACCUGCGCGCGCAUGCGGCCUACGGCUCCACAAAGGAUGUGGCCGUCUACAACUCCAUCAGCCUGUCUCCCAUGCACAUCUACAUUGUCGGCCGGCCCACCAAGAAGCUGCAACAGCAGUGCCAGUUCAUCACGGACGGCUAUGCAGCCCACCUGGCCCAGCUCAAGUACAAUCAUCGGGCGCGUCCAGCCCGAAACACGGCCACGCGCAUGGCCUUGCGCAAGGGCAGCUUUGGCCUACCUGGCCAGGGCGACUUCCUGCGCUCCCGGAACCACCUGCUCCGCACCAUCUCGGCCCAGCCCAGCGGGCCCAGCCAUCGGCACGAUCGGACACAGAACCAGAUGGACAGUGAGCAGCGGGGCCAGCGCAGCAUGAGUGUGGCGGCCAGCUGCUGGGGCCGUGCCAUGACAGGCCGGCUGGAACCAGGGGCAGCCGCAGGACCCAAGUAGGACACCGUUAGGAGGCGCUGUGGUCUCCAUGGUGCUAGGCCAGGGCACCGGCCCCACUGGGAGGCCUGGCCUGGGCACACGUAGGUGGCUGGGGACAAGCACAGACAUGGCCUGAGAGCUUGUCCCAGGGCCCUUGGAAGACAUGGCCAUGCCAACACAGUCCUCCCAGCCUUGCCUCAUGCCCUAGGCUCUGAGGAGCCCAGCUGGUCAUGGGUGCUGGCAGGAUGUCCAGCCCAUGAUGGAAGAGGAACCAGGAUGGGCCACCCAGUCCAGCCCGAGAGGCAUUCCUGGACAUCUUGCCCUGUGUUGAUCUCUCAGCCUCCUGGUGCCAGGCGUGGGUCUAAGCCCAGCCUGCCACCUCCUUGUCCACUGGCACCCCUUCCCAUUUGGUAGCAGCUCCAGCGGGGUCCAGCCUGCUUUCUUGUUGACUCCGGUUCUCAACUGUCCAACCUCACUGGUUUCGCACUG